ACACCAUAUCUUCCCUCUCACAUCCUCUCCCCUCAACCUUAGGUUGUGCUUCUGAGAAAAAAGUGUCAAUCGUGUCAUUCCAAGGAGCUCCAAAGACAUACCAGAUGAGGGGCGACAGAAAUAUCAUGUUCUCGACAUCAGACGACAGUGCGAUGAUGAAGCAAAUUCUGGCCACCCAUGCUCACGAUGGUCGAGAGAUUGACGUCAAACCUCUCAUCCAACUCAUCGGGGACAUCUUUCAAACUUCACCCCCCACCGCCCCCACCGCCGUAGAUGGCGUCAUUGUACCUGCUGCGGAAACACAUCCCAUUGAUGCGUUGGUUGACAAAACCCAACACCUUGGCUUCGUUGGCGUGAUGGAAGCAGUGGCGUAUACCAUACAUAAAAUUUCCACCGAGAUAUCGUACAAGUGCUCCGGGGGCGCAGAUGCACAUGCAACAACACAGUCGGUAUUCAACAUGGUAUCAAGUUACACAUGGGAAGCAAAGAUGGUGCUAGCCUUGGCAGCUUUCGCAGUGACGUAUGGGGAGUUCUCGCUUGUAUCUCGGUUUUACCUCACAGACCAACUAGCCAAGUCAAUUGCUCUCCUUAAGCAGCUUCCUGACAUACUUGAGCAUUCCGAGCUUUUGAAACCCCGGUUCGAUGCACUUAGGAAACUCUUCAUGUCUUUGCUGGAUCUAACCAAGUGCGUUAUCGAGUUCAGGGGGUUGCCCACCCAAUACAUCUCGUCCGACACACCGCCCAUGUCCGUCGCCGUGAACCUUAUCCCAACUGCUGCAUAUUGGACGGUCAGAAGUGUUGUCGCGUGCUCCACCCAGAUCAUUAGUCUCAUUGGCUUUGGUUACGAGUACGUGCCAUCGACUGCUGAGGCAUGGGAGUUAUCCAGCUUGGCUCACAAGAUCAGCAACAUACUGGAUCUCCUCAAGAAACAACUCCAUCUUUGCUACCAACACAUAGACGAGAAGAGACACCUGGAAGCUUUUCAGACGCUUAUUCGCCUUUUCGAGACUCCCCAUAUCGACAACACAAAGAUUCUGAAAGCAUUGAUUUACGCCAAGGAUGAUUUGCAACUGCUUUUUGAUGGCACCAGGGUUGGACUUGAUGUGCUGAGAAGGAAGAACGUGUUAUUGCUAAUAUCGGACCUUGAUAUCUCUCGCGACGAGCUUUCAAUUCUGGAGCAAGUGUACAUGGAAUCCCGACAACAACCCACCAGGCCGGAGAGUCAGUUUGAAGUGGUUUGGAUUCCGGUGGUGGACAGGUCGUUGCCGUGGGAUCAGUACAAGCAAACCGAUUUUGAGCGACUUCAGACGUCCAUGCCUUGGUACUCGGUGCACCACCCUUCACUGAUCGAUCCGGCUGUCAUCAGGUACAUCAAGGAGAUAUGGAACUUCGGGAAGAAGCCGAUCCUAGUGGUGCUGGAUCCACAGGGUAAGGUUGUGUGCCAGAAUGCCAUCCACAUGCUAUGGAUAUGGGGAAGUAUGGCCUUCCCUUUCACCAGCAACAAGGAGGAAUCACUGUGGAAGGAACAAACCUGGAAACUUGAUUUUCUAGUGGAUGGCAUUGAUCAACAGAUCCUCAAUUGGAUAGUCGAGGAACGAUACAUCUGCUUGUAUGGAGGGGAUAACCUUGAAUGGAUGGAAGCAUUUGUGAAUGCGUUACGAGCUGUUGCACUAGAAGACAACAUCAGCAUAGAGUUCAUGUACGUGGGGAAGAGCAAGCCCAAGGAGCCACAGGCUAAAAUCAACGGAGUGAUCAUGUCGAAGAAGCUGGGUCAUUUCCUGUCAGAACGAGCAUUGAUCUGGUUCUUUUGGGACCGGUUGCAGAGGAUGUAUUACUCCAAGAUGAAGCAACCCAGGAAGAACGCUGGUGAACAUGACCACAUAAUGCAGGAGGUGAUGACGAUGCUGAGCUUUGAUAGCAGCGACCAGGAAUGGGCUGUCAUCAGCAGGGGCUCCUUCGAGAUGGCCAGAGCCAAAGGAGACCAAAUUUUGAAGUCCAUAAGAAUGCACGAGGAGUGGAAGGAGCAGGUGGGCAGCAAAGGAUUCAUACCCGCGCUGAAUGAUCACCUGCAUGGCCACCCCCCUGAACAUCACUGCAAUCGUCUCAUCCUCCCCGGAACAGUCGCCAAUAUCCCGGAGACGGUGCCUUGUUCAGAGUGCAACCGCCCCAUGGAGAAGUACGUCCUGUAUCGUUGCUGCACUGAUUGAAGAGCCAUUUCUGAGGCUGAUUAAAUUAAAUAUUCAUACUUCUUUGUGAAGGCCCGUCCUUGGGAUAAUAUAGUAGUGGCGUUACUAUCACUAUAACUAGUUUGCCCUUGAUAAUAGCGGUGUUUGUUCGUGUGAGAUUAUUACCAGAGUCCUCAACCUAUUAGUAGUAUGAAUUAUUGGUAUCAGUGUAAUUUUAUCAUCAUAGUCAUCAGACUAUGUUGUAGUUGUAGCUUUGUGAUAUUAAUAAUAAUAAUAAUUAUGCGAAGGCCUUUA